UUUCCUUGCCAACUUCACAAUUCGGGUUCAGUGAAUACAUUUCGGUUAUCAAGUCGGCUCGGCUCAGGCGUCGCCCACGUGCCGGGAGGAGCGUCUGCUGGCCUGACGGUGUUGUUGUGUGUGAGUGUGCGUGUGUGCAUGUGUGUGUGUGACCCCAGGAGAACGUGAGGACACCCCGUGACGCAGCGUGUGGCACCUGCAGGAAGCGGAGGCACCACCACCACUACCACUGACCGGCCACGGCCAACCAUUUGGGCACUACUGACUUAAUCACCACCACUACCACUCCCACCUCUAUCCAAGAUGUCGUGGUUGUUUGGCAUGAACCAGCGGCCACAAGACUUUUCACAGUUUGUGCCACCAGCAGCAGCAGGCGGGGACCAGGGUGGGGCCGGGGACUCAGGUGAUGGGAAGGGUCCGAGGGGUGGAGCCAUGGAGGCCUACCGCUUUGACUCAUCAGCCUUGGAGAGAGCCGCCAAGGCUGCUAAGGAUCUGGAAAAAUCAGCUUAUGCUAAGGAAGCUUUUGAACUGACAAAACUCCAGGAGGAAACCAAACAGAAAGAACUAAUGGGUACAGCCAAGGAGAUGGAGCGACAAAUAGAGCUGGCUAAGGCAGAAGGAAAGCGAAUUGAGCAGGAAGAGAGAAGGAAAACUCUCCAAGAACAGUCCAAGCUGGACCAGCAGAAGUCUCAGUAUCAGGACCAGCUGGCACGUAAGAGGUAUGAGGACCAGUUAGCACAGCAGCAGAGGAUGAAUGAAGAGAACAACAGAAGGCAGGAGGAGUCUGUGGCCAAGCAAGAGGCCAUGAGGAAAGCCACCAUAGAGCAUGAAUUGGAGCUACGGCACAAGUAUGACAUGAAGAGAGUGGAGGCAGAAAUGGCAGCCAGGGCCCGGACGGAGAGGGAGAACCAGGACCUCACGCUGGAACAGAUUCGGGUGCGUGCGGCAGAGGACCGAGAGACGACCCUUAAGAGUCUGGCAGAGAAACGGGAGACCGUCCUCUCCUCCAUCAAGACUGCUGGAGCAGCGAUUGGCACUGGUAUUGAUGCCUUCCUGAGUGAGCCGGCCAAGAUCCAGGCAGCUGUGGCAGGCCUGGUAGCCCUCACUGCUGGCUACUAUGCUGCCAAAGGCUCCCUAGGCAUUGGAUUUAGAUUCCUGGAGGCAAGGUUAGCUAAACCCUCACUGGUGCGUGAGACCUCAAGGAUCAGUCCCUUUGAGACUGUGCGGCACCCAAUUCAAACUGUCAAGAAGCUGCAGAAGAAGCCGGAGGAUGUGCUGGAUGGUGUUGUUCUGAAUCCCAAGGUGGAGGGGAGAGUAAGAGAUAUUGCUAUUGCUACAAAAAACACAAAGUUCAAUAAGGGCAUGUACCGCAACAUUCUCCUGCACGGGCCGCCAGGAACAGGCAAGACCCUCUUUGCAAAGAAACUUGCCAUGCACUCAGGGAUGGAUUAUGCAAUCAUGACGGGAGGAGACAUUGCUCUGCUUGGCAAGGAGUCUGUUGGUGCCAUUCAUAAGGUGUUUGACUGGGCAAGCACAUCACGCAAUGGUUUGGUGCUGUUUAUUGAUGAGGCGGAAGGAUUUCUGCGGAAACGUCAUGAAAACAUCAGUGAGGAGCUGCGGAUGGCCAUCAGUGCUUUCCUGUACCGGACUGGAACACAGACCGACAAGUUUAUGAUGGUGCUGGCGUCCAAUACUCCAGAGGUGCUUGACUUUGCCGUGGUGGACCGUGUGCAUGAACCAGUGGAAUUCCCUCUCCCAUCAUUGUCUGAGCGGGAAAGACUUGUAAGACUCUACUUUGAGAAGUACAUCCUCCUUCCGGCAUCUGAAGGCAAGCGGAGGUUGAAGGUAGCCGACUUUGACUAUAGUGCUGCCUGCUCAUCUGUGGCCAAGAUAACGGAAGGAAUGUCAGGCCGAGAGAUUACCAACUUGGCUCUGGACUGGCAGAUGACAACUUAUGCCUCCCUGGAGGGCAUGUUCUCUGAGGAGAUCAUGCUGAACAGAGCAAAGGCAGCAGUGGAGCACAAAAAGCACAAGGUGUCUUGGCGAAGCGCCCACGAGGACAAGAAGUCUGUGUUCAGUGCAGCAGUGAUUGCUGCUGCCAAAGAGGCGGCCUUGUCCCCAGGUGAGAAGCCUGCCACUCCCUUGCCUGAGAAGCCUGACUCACCGCCACCUGAGAAGCCUGCUGCUGCCAGCUGAGAGGCAGACUUGCUAGGGACCAAUACUGCCAGGCCUUGUGAUAAAACAUAAGGGUUUGUACAAGCUGCUGUGAGUGGAGAGUGGGUGUUUUCCUCCCUCAGUAGAAUGAAUCAGUUUGAAGAGAAUGAGCAGCUCAGUGAAAAAAGUUAACAGUAGAAUUCAAUGUUUCAGUAUCUGCUUGGCGUGAGACUAUGGCCGCUGGGACGUCUCGGGAAGCAGUAGAGUAGAGUGCCGUUUAAAUUGUUGCAAAAAAAGUAGUGUUUUACUAAUAUUACUAUCAAAGUAAAUAUUGCCACAUUUUAUUGGAUUUCCAUAGAAAUGUAUGGUGGUACACAGUGAUCUCUCAAAUAUGUCAAACAUGCAAGAGUUCAGCUUUGUUAACAUGCCUAAGACAUGUCUUGAAUCCAGUACAGCCAUGUAUUGUUCUAAAUUAUUGUACAAUAGGGAACAUGAAGAGGUACAACUCCCUAUGAGUUUCCAGUUUAUCAUAAGUGUGGUACCAUUCCAUAUUACUUUUUAUAUUGUCAGUGUUGAAGCAAAAAUAACUUAACUAGGAAAGUUUGAACAUGUAAUGUAUUAUGUAUGGAGGAAAGCAACAAGGCAGAUGUACAAACUUGUUUUAUUAUAAGUUUGCUUGUUUACUACAGAAACAAUGAACAAUAUUUUUGUAGUGUUCAAGUAAAUAAUUGUACAGGUAAACAAUUUGGAAUUGUACAGUGUCUGUAUAGAAUGGUAAAAUAAAUUGUUUUAUUGUU